AUAUAUUUGCAUCGAAUCCAGAUAUAAAGAGAACCCAGAAGUUGUGAAGAUUCCAUUCAAGGUCGUAUUGUUCCCAGAUAUCCGACUCGUGGGAGCAAGUUCGUACAUGGAGGGCAGGGUUGAAGUGUACCAUGACGGACAGUGGGGGACUGUCUGUGACGACAAUUUUGACAUGAACGACGCCAUCGUGGUCUGCCGUCAGCUGGGAUACGGAGGCGCUAUCGGGGCCCGAUGGGGAGCAGCCUUCGGGGAGGGGUCAGGCCCGAUCUGGCUGGACGAAGUGGCCUGUGCGGGUUUCGAGACAAACAUCGAAGACUGCAGCCACGACGGAUGGGGCACACAUAACUGUGGGCACAAUGAGGACGCUGGUGUGGUCUGCUCGGGUCCAACUACUGAGGUACCAACGACGCCGAGACAUGUAACAUUUCCAACUAACACCGAAGUACGUUCACAGACAACAUCCAUGCACAUUCCUUCUUCUGCCCAGCCGACACAACGGCCAACUCAUCCAUCUCAGAGCACCGCUUACCAGACGACAAGGCUAGCAGCAUGA